AAGCAAUAUAAGAAGUACAUCUCUAAUUCCUCCUGAGUUCUUAUCCAUUAAUCUUUGGUCAAUAGCUACACCUUCUUUUUCACUCCUCCUCAUUCUCUCUUUCUCUCAGAAAAAUGGCAAGAACGUCUGAGCCUCUGGUUGUUGGGAGAGUAAUAGGAGAUGUUCUUGAUUGUUUCACCCCAACAACAAAAAUGUCUGUCACUUACAACACCAAGCUAGUCUGCAAUGGAUAUGAGCUCUAUCCUUCUGCUGUCACCACCAAACCUAGAGUUGAGAUUCAAGGAGGAGAUAUGAGAACUUUCUUUACUCUGAUCAUGACAGACCCAGAUGUUCCUGGCCCUAGUGAUCCUUAUUUAAGGGAGCACCUGCACUGGAUUGUGACAGAUAUUCCAGGCACCACAGAUGCCACAUUUGGAAGAGAGGUGGUGAGCUAUGAGAUGCCAAGGCCCAACAUUGGCAUCCACAGGUUUGUGUUUGUUCUCUUCAAGCAGAAAAGAAGGCAGUCUGUGAACCCUCCUUCCUCAAGGGAUCAUUUCAGUGCUCGAAGCUUCGCAGCUGAAAACGACCUGGGUCUUCCUGUCGCUGCCGUCUACUUCAAUUGCCAGAGAGAAACGGCAGCUAGAAGACGCUAGCUAGCUACCCAGAACCCCAAAGCUCCUCCAUAAUAUGUGAAUUUUAAAUAAAAUUAUUAUCAAGUGUGUUUCAUCAUCCUCCCCUGUCGUUAGAGUAGUAUUAGGCUAAAACUACUCACAUGUAACCAGAAUAAUUUCCAAUCAAGAGAGAGCAAUGUGCGUUUGGCUCUGUCAUUUUGCUGCUCUCCAAUCGGACUUUAUGAAUUAAUUUGCAGAAAGUUUGAAGUCUCACCUGACUAUCU